UUGAGGAUCGAGAUCAGGUUUGCUUUGAUCAAUUUCCCAGUCAUAUGGGAAUUCUUUGAGUUCGUUAGAAGUGAGUGCAUCUCGCAAAAGUCCACGAAUUAUCGCAUAAUUCGGUUUGUCAUAGUAUCGUAA